CGUCUGCGGUCGGUCGGUGCGUGCGUGCGCCUCGUCGGUCCGCGUGUGUCUGGCCGAGCGCCCCCUUCCUCUGCGGCCAUGACUCCGCCGCCGCCGCCGCCUCCGCCCCCGGGCCCUGACCCCGCGGCAGACCCCGCCGCGGACCCCUGCCCCUGGCCCGGAUCACUGGUCGUCCUCUUCGGAGCUACGGCGGGUGCGCUGGGACGGGACCUGGGCUCGGACGAGACCGACUUAAUCCUCCUAGUUUGGCAAGUGGUUGAGCCGCGGAGCUGCCAGGUGGGGACGCUGCACAAAUCGCUGGUUCGUGCGGAGGCGGCCGCACUGAGUACGCAGUGCCGCGAGGCGAGCGGCCUGAGCGCCGACAGCCUGGCGAGAGCAGAGCCGCUGGACAAGGUGCUGCAGCAGUUCUCACAGCUGGUGAAUGGGGAUGUGGCUCUGCUGGGCGGGGGCCCCUACAUGCUCUGCACUGACGGGCAGCAGCUAUUGCGACAGGUCUUGCACCCCGAGGCCUCCAGGAAGAACCUGGUGCUCCCCGACAUGUUCUUCUCCUUCUAUGACCUCCGAAGAGAAUUCCAUAUGCAGCAUCCAAGCACCUGCCCUGCCAGGGACCUCACUGUGGCCACCAUGGCACAGGAUUUAGGACUGGAGACAGAUGCCACAGAGGAUGACUUUGGGGUCUGGGAAGUCAAGACAAUGGUAGCUGUUAUCCUCCAUCUACUCAAAGAGCCCAGCAGUCAAUUGUUUUUGAAGCCCGAGGUGAUAAAGCAGAAAUAUGAGACGGGGCCUUGCAGCAAGGCUGAUGUGGUGGACAGUGAGACUGUGGUACGGGCUCGUGGGUUGCCCUGGCAGUCAUCAGACCAGGACGUGGCUCGCUUCUUCAAAGGGCUCAACGUGGCCAGGGGUGGUGUAGCACUCUGCCUCAACGCCCAGGGCCGCAGAAAUGGCGAGGCCCUCAUCCGCUUUGUGGACAGCGAGCAGCGGGACCUAGCGCUGCAGAGACACAAGCACCACAUGGGCGUCCGCUAUAUUGAGGUGUAUAAAGCGACAGGGGAGGAGUUUGUAAAGAUUGCAGGGGGCACAUCACUAGAGGUGGCUCGUUUCUUGUCACGGGAAGACCAAGUGAUCCUGCGGCUGCGGGGACUGCCCUUCUCAGCUGGGCCAACGGAUGUGCUAGGCUUCCUGGGGCCAGAGUGCCCAGUGACGGGGGGUGCUGAGGGGCUGCUCUUUGUGCGCCAUCCUGAUGGCCGGCCGACUGGUGAUGCCUUCGCCCUCUUUGCUUGUGAGGAGCUGGCACAGGCUGCACUGCGCAGGCACAAGGCCAUGCUGGGUAAGCGAUACAUUGAACUCUUCCGGAGCACUGCGGCCGAGGUGCAGCAGGUCUUGAACCGCUAUGCAUCCAGCCCACUCCUUCCCACACUGACUGCCCCACUGCUGCCCAUCCCCUUCCCACUGGCACCUGGGACUGGGAGGGACUGUGUACGCCUCCGAGGCCUGCCCUACACGGCCACCAUUGAAGACAUCCUGAGCUUUCUAGGGGAGGCAGCAGCUGACAUUCGGCCCCAUGGUGUGCACAUGGUGCUCAACCAGCAGGGCCGGCCAUCGGGAGAUGCCUUCAUUCAGAUGACAUCAGCAGAGCGAGCCCUAGCUGCUGCUCAGCGUUGCCAUAAGAAGGUGAUGAAGGAGCGCUACGUGGAGGUGGUCCCCUGUUCCACAGAGGAGAUGAGCCGUGUGCUGAUGGGGGGCACCUUGGGCCGCAGUGGCAUGUCCCCUCCGCCCUGCAAGCUGCCCUGCCUCUCACCACCUACCUACACCACCUUCCAAGCCACCCCAACGCUCAUUCCCACGGAGACGGCAGCUCUAUACCCCUCUUCAGCACUGCUCCCAGCUGCCAGGGUGCCUGCUGCCCCCACCCCUGUUGCCUACUAUCCAGGGCCAGCCACUCAACUCUACCUGAACUACACAGCCUACUACCCAAGCUACCCGCUGAUGACUACACCAGUCUGAUGCCUGUUGGUGACCCACCUCGCACUGUGUUACAAGCCCCCAAGGAAUGGGUGUGUUUGUAGGAGAGAAAGCCAGGAGGUAAGAGCCAGCUGAUAUCCUCAGCGAACAUGUCUCUCCUGAGUCCAGAAGACCAGCACCCUCAACCUGGUAGCUUCUUUCUGGCUUGUCAAAGCUCUCAGAAGGUACCUAGAGGAGCCCAAGCCCCAGCUCCAUCCUCCACUUAUUCUUCUGCCUGUUUCCCCCAAAGACAAUGGCUGGACCCUGCAUGCAGGGCUGGGAGUGGAAUGGGGCUAACCAGCUCCUGAUGGCCUGAGCCAGGCAUCUUGACUGGCAUCUGGAGAGCCCUUUAGUCUGUCCUGGCUGUGGCCCAUGCCAACAGAUAUCGUGGGGCUGACAGGUCCAUGGCAGGCUUGCUUUCUUUUAUAAAAUGGAAGCUCUGGUACCUUCAAUCUAUGACUCCUGGGAGAAUUAAGGGUCCAUCUGAGCCUCUGAGUAAAGAUCCCAAUGUUCUACCUCCCCCUGUCCCUCUGGUGGGGGAUAGGGAGGCAGAGAGAGCCAGCCCCUACCCUCAGAAUAUCUGGACCUCAGAGACCAUGUUGUGCCAGGGGUGGUCCCACCUAAAGAUGCUAGCCCCUCUCCAGGUGGGCAUAAGGAGUAACAGAUGGCAAAACCACAAACUAUUUUGAUGGACUGUGCUGCAGUAUCACCAGAAGACAUUAGGGGGCAGGAGGCCCCCACACAAAACCUUCAGGCUUGAAUUUUAAAGGGGACUUUCUGCCAACUUUUCUUGUACGCCUUGGGAAAGCCAGUUGCCCUGAACCCAGCAGACACCGUGGAAUGUCCUUUGCACGCAUUAAAUGGUACAGAACUGAAGCCUUGGAAGCAAUUUGGAACUCGAUCUUCUCUUCCUUAAAUGAAAAGUUAUUGACCAAAUGGACUUUUUAAAAGACACAGGACCCUUAACUUUGCCCCAAAGCGAGGGGCUCCACACCAACCCCAGGCAGAGGAACACUCAGACAGAUUAAGAAUACUGUUGACCUGUCACUGUUUAUUAUUUCAGCACUAAAACUGAGGAGCCUCAACUGCUGGCUCUUCUUCCCUUUGUAUUUGUGUAAGGAGCACUGCACUCCCAUAAAAGGUUUUAAAAUACAAAAUGUACAAGAACACACAAUUCCAAGUGCUGUAAACAUAACUGAGAACCAGUUCCUUUACUAAACAUCCAUUUUAUAAAAUACAAGGUUUCAAUUUGAGCCCAUCUGAGCCUUAAAGAUCCAUUCUGAAUACCAAAAACGGCUUCACAGCCAGGCCCAGAAGAGGUCUGGUGAUAAUGGCUGGCCCUGGGUGGGGAUAGUUUACACCUGGGCAGCAACACCGCACAUGAACCCAAAGACAUGUUCUUUUUAAAGCUGUUUUCAGCCAUGUUUCUCUGUGCAUCUCCAGUAAGCAGAAGGCUACUCAUUCCAUUCCUCAACCCAAGAGCUAGCCCAGUUAGAGUAGGAGGGGGUGCGUACUAGCACGUGCCCAGUUGCUCAGUGCUGCUACUAGAAAUUGAUUUGCAUAGUCCAAUGGAUGUGUGCUUUAACACCACUAUGUUGCACAAAAAUUUAAGUCUUUAUCUACAAAGCCAAAAAAUAUUGACUCAACACCAAAGCUUUUACAAAGCUGAUAUAAAACUGCUUACCUAGUAUACAAAGCUCUAUUUUAAAAUUUAAUGUUUAUUUUAAAUAGGAAAGCAUUUCUAGUGCUACAGGCAUCAAGGUAUUUAGAAGGCAUCAAAAUUUGGUGCAUAGCAACUCUGGAUCAUAGAGGCUUUUAAUUCUUGAAGGCAGCAAAGCAGCCCCCAAAGGGUAUUGCAAGGGGAACUCUUGCAAUAACCUCAUAUGAGGCAGCUACACCAGGGGCAAAAAGGUAGAAGCAAGUCUGGCCAUUUCUCUGGAAUGUCAACUGAGAAGCCAACUUCUUGCCCCUCCGAAGGAAGCUGUGGGCUUCCAACCACAGGCCCAGAAGCAAAUCUCACUAUCCACAUUCUGUAACACAACUCACUUUUCAAGAAAAUUUGAAAACACCCAGCUCCAAGAGAGGCCACAGUGAUCUGCUGAAGGAUAGACCUUUUUCUCUAACUAACUUUAGGGGAGAAAUCUAAAAUAUAUUUUGUUUUUUUUAAAGACCAUACUUCCUCAUCCUGAGUCAACAGCUCCUACCCUACUGACAACAGGUGGUGGGCAAUAGGCCAGCUCCCUUUCCCAGACCUGAGGUGGCCUUAGUAGAGAGAGUCCUGGCAUCAAGGGCCUGCAGUCUCCUGGAAUAACAGCAUCAGGCCUUCAACCAGCACACUGUCUCACAUAUAGGCACUCAAAAAAUCUGCUUCCUGAAUCAAUGAAAGUAUAUUAUUUCAUUUGAAAGCAUACUGCAAACUUCAGAGGCUGUGUAAUGGGCCCAGGAACAGGUAAAAAAUCCCAUUAGGGAGAGGGGUAAGGGCAGGUUUGUUUUUUUUUUAAAGUACCCAACUCGGGUACCUCCUUUGGUAGACAGCAGGCUGCAGUUUCUGCUGGGCCCUGCCUUGGACACCAGUCUCACCAGCAGCAGCACCAGGGUGUCUUUGGUGUGGAGGGUCAGGUUAUCACUUCUGGAUGUGCUCAGAGCCUUCUGGGGAAAAGGCUGGUUUUUAGAUCAUACAGACAGGGCAGGGUAGGCCAGAAUCAUUUCAGGCUAUAAACAGAACGGCAGAUAAGCCUUCCAUGCCAGUAUGACUCUUAAAACCUUCCCAUCUGGAGUCCUGUAUUUUUCUCUGCCCAUGCUAAUGUACUGCUCAUUUGUGCUUUAGCUCUGCACACAGCCUGGCCUCUAGAGAAGAGUUAGAACUGCAAAGCUGCCUAAACCGCUGUGAGACUGGCUUCAAAGGUCACAGAACAGCCAAAGGCAGAUGCUUCUGUUUGGAAAAGGUUCUAGGACCAGACGACACAAACAGGAAGAGCACUCCACAGCCUACUAGUUUUUAUGAUGGCAAGAAAUGAAAGUGACCAAGCUAAAACCCCACCAUUCAGAGUCACCUUAAAUGUAGCCAUCUUACCCAGGGUCCUGAGGGAAAAAGCAAUUUCAACAUGGAGCCAGUAUGGAGAGAUUGCAAGAUUACCUAGAAAGUUACCAAAAGGCUAUGCUCUGGAAUGUCUUUUUAUAUUCCAACACUUCAAUGAUGGAAUGGUCUCUUCUCAUUUUAUCUAACAACAGUUUAGUUUUAUAAAGAGGUAUGAGCUACAUUUGGCUUUAUUUCCUAUAAAUCUAUGAAAGUCUUCAGGACACAUGCUGACUUUCUGAGGCAUAGGUGUGGGCUUGGGAUAUUUUUUUUUCUUUCUUUUUUUUUUUUUUUUUUGCUUCUGGAAGGUCUUAUCAAAAGUUCCUAUUUUAAAAAUUAUCAUAAAAACUAAAGGGCCCUUCAAAUGACCAUAAAGCAGUACAAAUCACCAAUCCUAGCUAAGUAACCAGGUCACCUGCAAAAGCAGCACCUCGGAAACAAGAGAGGCUGCUGCAUUCACACUCAAAGCACCCAUCAUAUAAAAGUAUCCUAGUUAAAUAUAAAAAGCAAAGCUCAUUUCCCCAAAGCUCAAACAGCCUAUGCUGCUCCUGUUCUUUUGCCAAAUCUACCCAAGGCCUGAGGUGGAGGAAUGCUACUUUCCCACAAAUGGUGGGUCCCACUCCUGGCUCCAGACCUGAAGGCUGCAGAGUUGGAAACCCAAGGUCCAAGGAGAGAAACAUGCUGAGAAGUUGGUGGUGGACACAAGGCUGCAGUGAGCACUGUUAGAGCCCGUCAGAUCUUCCUAAAUCCAGGGACUCAGGACUCCGGAGGGGAGCCUGCCUGCUCACCCCUGCUCCUUGGGAAACAGAAAUCUGGGACAUGUCUCUCCCAAUUAUCUCGUUCACUGAAAAACAAGAAAAGGGAGAGUGAUUAGUGACCUCUGAGUGACUAGCCAUAUGAUGCCCAAUGCUGAGCUCUACCUCAGACAUUUCCCUUCCCAUGGCUUUCUGUAAAGAUAAAGGCAGUGUCUGAAGCCUGCUCCUGAGCUGAGUGGCAUUAGAGAUGGAAACAUCACUCCACAAACUGCUCCAGACCUCUUUUUCUCUCCCUCUCAUUCAGCUCAUUUUGGGUUGGGAAGGGGGCUUAUCCUCACUCUAAAGGUAUGUUUAAAUAAGUAUUCACCUUACUCUAACUUUUCUUCAAUUCGUAUCUCUUUGAGAAAGUUUUUAUUUUCUACAAUGCCACCUCCUAUGUAAAUGGAAUGAAAGUAAAUGCUUUGGUCAGAAU